GCCAUACUUAAGACACUUUGGGAACAACUAAGUUGGUUUGUUUUAUUCGCCAUAAGCAACAUAUUCAUGUGGACUGAAAGAAAGGAUUUCUUCAAGUUGAAAUUAUGACUUUUUUACGACGCAGAGCCUGUAAUAAAUAUUGGUGUUCAUUUGCAGAAAACGCGUAGGAAGAAAGAAUAUGUCGACAAAAGUUCGGAGCUUUUGUGAGGAUGAUAGGCAAAGAGCCAAAAGCUCGUUAGGAUUUUCUCUUCGUCCCUGCUCAGACUUUACACCACGCCACCACGAACACAGGCAAAGCUACCACGAACACAGCAAAGAAACUACUAUUUUCAAUCCGUAUUUUACAAACGAUGAUGAUACAAAGACAAAAUCAGUGAGUCGCUCUCACAGAAACUCUUCCGCCAGCUCUACGAAGGAGUUAUUUAUCCGAUGUCCAUCUCCUUCAGAUGUUGCAUCUAUCAAAACAGAGGUGGAAUCAUCUCGAAGGCAGUCCUUAGUUGUACUAGGUACUCUGAUCGCUUUAUUUAUUCUAACAAUGGUUACAUUAACCUUGACAAUUCUAAACACUCUGAGGAGUUCCUGCGAUUGUUCUGGUUUCUCAAGCAGACGAGGCAUGAAUUCAUCAAGUGAUGACAUCGAUGUCAAAAGGAAUAUCCUGGACCUUCAAAGCAAGCUGGAACGCUUGAGCCAGCAAUAUAAGGAGCUGAAUGACACCCUCACUCCAGUCCUCCGCAGCCCGACAAGUCUGAUAGGCCCACCGGGUCCUCCAGGGCUUUGUAAUGUCGACGUGUGUAAAGGAACGCCUGGGAUCCAAGGACCACAAGGGCUCCCCGGAAAACAAGGACCUGCAGGUCCUCAAGGUCGGCAAGGAGCAUCAGGACCUCCAGGGAUACCGGGCCUUAAUGGGACCGUAGGGCCAAGAGGGCCCCAGGGGUUUUCUGGACCAAGAGGCUUACAAGGGACUCCCGGUCAAAAUGGACUCCAGGGACCCCCAGGGCCGCAAGGACCUAUGGGUGUGAACAACUCGAUUGGUCCGCCCGGUCCUCCCGGCCCACAGGGUCCCCAAGGUACGGGCAACUUGAGUCGGUGCGAAUACAUGGUCGUCACUGAUGCACGGCAGACGGCAGGGAGCACGGCUGAUCGUUUAGCGCUGUUAAGAGCAGACCAUCACCCGGGCUAUGUCAUAACAGGAACUUUGUGCACCACAGUGAAUGGUGCAGAGGCCCAAUUCACAGCGCUGUAUGAUUCCAGGGUGAAUGUCUGGGUGUACAGGUGUCACUGCAUGGGCUCCUCACCUUACUUCAACCCUGGGAAUGCUGAGGCUGUCUCCUGCAGUAUUCAUUACUGGAUAUGCCCUAUUAUUAUGUGAUUUGAUUUGUUGGCGUUGAUUUUGUUUAAGCCACUAAAGGCCUGGCUAAACGCGUAACAUGUCGCCCGUAUAUCUCCUAGUAGUCCUAGUUUAGCCACCACAGGAAUCCUGAAGCGGAGACCCGACCUCUGAAACCGCAUCCUGACCAUCAUGCACCGUGCGCUCCUUCAACAUUCCCAAAAAUGCAUCGCGCGUCGUCUGGGUACGGGACUGGCGUACUACAUGUUUUUGGUAGUGGCUAAACUGGGAAACAUUUAGGAGAUAUGUCGCAUAGUCAAGCCAGGCCUUGACACCCGUCGCUCAUUCAACGAUAAUGUUAUGUAAUAUACGUGGUUUUGAUGAUAAUCGAGAUUUCCAUUAAACUUCCAUACACGUUAAAAGUUUUGCAUGAACAGAUGGCGGGGAGCCACAUAUAA